AUGGCCAAGAAGAAGCGUCAGAGGAUCAGCUAUGUCCUUCCGUUAGCCAGCAGACCGGGUGGUCACAGACUCGGCAUUAAUGGCCUUGCCAUCGAUCACGAUCGUAACAUCUUGUAUACUGGUGGUAGAGAUGGUGUGAUAUGUGCAUGGGAUCUCGAUCUGGACGCACAAGUACAACAGCAGGAAGAUACCUCAUUGCCCAAGCGCAGGACUACUGCCAGCUUUCGUCGAGAAGUGCAGGCUCAUACACACUGGGUGAACGACCUCGUCCUUGUUAAGAACAAUUUGGCCCUUGUGUCUGCCUCCUCCGAUUCCUCUGUCAAGCUCUGGCGACCUCACUCUCACGAUACACUCGCGGCCUAUUCGAUCGGCUCUCACAGCGACUAUGUCAAGUGUUUGACCACACCCGAAACUAACAGUAACUGGGUUGCAUCGGGAGGCUUGGACUCACGGAUAUGUCUGUGGGAUCUCGCUGGAAAGGGUCAGAAACUCGAGAUCAACGUGAAGAAGGAUGCAAAUGUAGUCAAAGGCUCAAUAUAUGCACUCAAAGCGAAAGGAAAUGUUAUUGCGAGUGGUGGGCCGGAAGGUGUGGUCCGGUUAUGGGACAUCAAUUCUGGCAAGACUGUCACCAAACUCGUCGGCCAUACAGACAACAUCCGCGACAUCUUGAUCAGUGAGAACGGCGACGCAGUCUUGACUGCCUCUUCCGACCAGACAAUCAAGGUCUGGUCAAUUACUGCCGGUCGGUGCAUGCAUACUCUGACUAUGCAUAACGACAGUGUAUGGUGUAUGUACUCGGAAGAUCCUUCGCUCUCUAUAUUCUAUUCCGGGGAUAAGUCUGGCCUGGUGGCCAAGACAGACACAAGACAUGCCGACGACAUCGACGACGGUGUCUCGGUGGCUGUCUGUCAAGAGCACGAUGGUAUCAACAGGCUAGCCAUCGCAGGUGAUUCAGUCUGGACAACCACUUCGAGUUCGAGCGUCAAUCGAUGGCAGGAUGUCGAUACAGAACUUGAGAUCGAAACACCACCUGUAUCGCCGAAGCACGAGCGCAACCAGAGCUCACGAGGUCUUCGAGAACAGUCUUCUCCAGAGCCUACCACAAACGGUACACAAGAUCAUCCAACAACGAAUGGUGAAACCCCAAAGAAGAUUCCCUACAAUGCUAUCCUCAGGUUGACCAAUACUGCUAUCCACCCUGGCAAUAAGUCAUUCCGUCAUAUCAACAUCUCGACAUCCAAUUUACGGAAAGCCUCGGAGGCAAUCAUCGAAGUUGAUGGAAUAUUCACAACUCCGAUUCGAGGUCAUCCUGAAGAAACAAUCGAAGGACAAAAUGGUCUCGUGAAACACCACAUGCUCAAUGACAAAAAGCGUGUUCUGACAUCUGACGCUGCUGGCGAGGUCGUGCUGUGGGAUCUGCUAAAGUGCGUGCCUAUUCAGUCGUUUGGUCGAAGGCAUCUGGACGAGGUCAUCCCUGACGUCAACACGGCCGAGAGUGUUUCCAAUUGGUGUACUGUGGACACCAAGACUGGCAAAUUGACGGUCAUGCUGGAAGAGCUCUAUUGCUUCGAUGCAGAGGUAUAUGCAGAUGAGACCGAAUUCGUGGGCAAGAUUGAAUUCAGAGAAGAUCAAAGGAUUAAUCUUGGCAAAUGGGUACUGCGAAAUCUCUUCACAACUCUGCUCGACGAGGAGAUAAGGAGAGAUGAGGAUUACAGAAAAUCUAUCAAAAAGCCUACCGGGCUAAAAAGAGGCAACGCGCCCUCAGGCAUAACCAUGCCGCCAAGUAACCCUGUAUCAAUCGUGGGCACUCCUGACGACAUGACUACGCCCAAAGCCGAUGUGAACGCAUCGAUGGCCCCAAAGACACCCGGAAUGAAAAUCGGAAUGGCCACACCCUUAGCAAAGGGCAAGCCAAUGGCUGAGACUGCAAAGACGCUACCUCCGACAGCUGAGGAUGAAAGGGAGCUCACAGAGAACGACUCUCGCAGCAGUAUGCAAUCAUCCUCGGAACAGUCUCAUGACUACUUUUCACAGACCAAAGCAGUACCAGCAGACUCAUCCGAAGCGCAAGCCCACAAGGAAAUUCCGCCAACUCCUGGUGGUACUGUACAUGUUCCCAUGCCACAGUCGCCAAACACUGAGAAGAAGAAGAGUGGCAUCUUUGGAAAAAGCUUCAACAUGAAGAUGUCCUUUCCUAAUAAAUUAGCACUAGCACGAACAAACACUGAGUCACCAAAAACUUCAGUCGACGACAAGAAAGAGGAAGACAAAAAGUCAGAAGAAGACAGAUCAGAUAAGUCGUCCGAGAAAGAGGACGACAAGACCGCUCGGAUCCUAGACGACAAUUUUUACGGUGUUGUUCAGAGAAUACGUUAUGCAUAUGGUGAUCACCUCGAGAACAUAUCGACAUCAGAUCAGCCAAUUCCAAUUGGUAUUACACCUUCACCUCCUAAUGAAACGCCAGUCUUGAAACCACCUCCUCAUACACUGAUUCUUAUCCAAGAGGACAAUCCAGAAGCCGGCGGACUAUCGGACCUGUAUCGCGGUGAAAUUGCAUCACUUGGAUAUCCGAAAGAGACUGACGUCCUGGAAAAGGUGGCACCAACAUGGCUGGGCGAACUGCUAUUGCGCAACGAGAUGCCACCUAAAGACGCGCCCAAAGUGUCGUUUAUCCUAACUCCGGCACCAGACUCGAAGCUGCCAGGUAUCGCUAGUUCAGACGGCAAUGCUCGUCUGAACGCGAAUCGCAUGCUCAGGUCCAAAAAGAUCCUUGGCUAUGUCGUCGAAAGGAUCGAGGCACCACCAGACCCUGACAAUCCACAACCUGGCGACGAACUUCGACCAGAAGAAUACAUGGACCUAUUAUGUCAAGGUCAGGUAGUGCCACCCAACAUGACGCUAGCCACGUUGAGAGUACACAUGUGGCGCACUGGUGGAGAUGUGAUCCUCCACUACAGAGAGAAUGGUCGCAAAGGGUUCAAGAGAGCACACCCCAUGGAUGUCCCUCUCAAGACUGAAGGCGCUGGCGAACUGGUCAAUAGUGCUAAUGACACCAAUGGCCACUCGUCUACCGCAGCCACUACCGAGGCGCAAAAACCUGCCCAACCUCCUGCGCCUACCGCGACCGCAGCCGCAUACACAACAGCUGCUAUGAUGCGAUAG